UUAUAUCGUCUCUGUAUUUUCCUGUGUGUUUACCAUACAAGAUUAUUUAGUUCCUAAACUUUCGUUCCUAUUUCUCUGCGAGAUCUGAACGGUUAUCAGUCGUAUUCAGCCGACACCGAUUAACUAAAUGAAUUUUAUUUGAUCAUCUAUGAGUGAUAUGAUUUUCCUACGGAUAUGAAGUUAGUUUGACCUACUUUCGUGAGAUGUGAGAUUGAAAACUAACUAAAGCAAGGAAAAGUUUAUAACACAGAACAUUCAGCAUUUGAGUUUCUAAAAACAAUUAAUAUGGACGACAUUUUUACACAAGUUCGAGAAGGCAAUGCGUUUCAAGUCCGAAUGUGGCUGGACAACACUGAAAACGAUCUCAACCAAGGAGAUGACCACCGAUUUAGUUUAUUACAUUGGGCAUCCCGGGAAGGACGCACCAAUAUUGUGGACAUGCUUAUCCAGCGGGGGGCUCGCAUCAAUGCCACCAACAUGGGAGACGACACUGCUCUCCAUCUAGCAGCCAGCCAUGGUCACAGAGACAUCGUAGUAAUGCUUAUUCAUAACAAGGCUAACAUAAAUGCCAUUAAUGAACAUGGGAAUACUCCAUUACAUUACGCCUGCUUUUGGGGUCAUGAUUAUGUAGCAGAGGAUUUAGUCAACAAUGGAGCCCUUGUUGGAAUGGCCAAUAAAUUCGAUGAAACCCCUCUUGACAAGGCAACGAAAAGAUUGGCAAACAUACUCAAAGAUCGUGCUGUGCAACUUGGGCAGGACUUGCAGAAAAUACCAUUCAAAGACAGGAGUUGGUUAGGGUAUAAAACAAGAAGUAGAGAUGCACUGUUAUCACGACACACAGGAAUAGAUAUUGAUCAACUAAGUCUGACAACUCAUAUAGCCAACACUCACUCAGGGGAGGUUUGGAGAGGCCAGUGGCAGAAGAAUGACAUUGUUGCUAAGAUCUUGUCACUGCGAGAAUGCACUGUUAGGAACUCCAGAGACUUCCAGGAGGAAUUUCCCAGGCUUAGAAUCUUCAACCAUCCCAACAUAUUACCGGUAUUGGCUUGUUGCAAUCAACCUCCAAAUCUUGUAGUCAUAAGCCAGUUUAUGCCCUAUGGAUCUCUGUUUAAUGUCUUGCAUGGAGAAACAGGUAUAGUUGUGGAUCAGAAUCAAGCACUGAGAUUCGCCAUUGAUAUAGCUCGAGGCAUGGAGUUUCUCCACACCAUGGAACCUGCCAUACCCAACCUGAUACUCACCAGCAAACAUGUCAUGAUUGAUGAGGACUUGGCUAAGAUAAAUAUUGAUGACCCUAAGUAUUACGCACCUGAUGGCACCAUGAAUGGAGGGAUAGAUGAGGACUUGACCGCUCGGAUCAACAUGGGAGAUUACAAAUUCUCCUUCCAUGAGAGAGGUAAACUCUACGCUCCAGCUUGGAUGUCUCCAGAAGCCCUUCAGAGACGACCAGAGGACAUCAACCUGAAGGCAGCAGACAUGUGGAGCUUUGCUGUACUGCUGUGGGAACUUGAAACCAGAGAGGUGCCACACGCAGAGUUGUCUCCCAUGGAGACUGGAAUGAAAAUUGCCAUGGAGGGCUUGCGAUUGUCACUGCCACCUGGAAUCUCCUCCCACAUGGCCCGACUUGUCAAGAUCUGCAGCAAUGAAGAACCGGGAAAACGUCCCAAAUUCGACAUGAUUAUCCCCAUUCUGGAGAAAUUAAAGCAGAAAUAAGGGAAAAAUAAGAAUUUCUAAAAUAUAUACUGUCACAGACAAUUAUUAACCUGUGAUGAAUUUUAUCCACAAAUAGUGCCAAGUGUAUUUCACAUAGUACAUGUAUAAAUGUUUAUUUGUACUGUCAUUUAUGUAGGUGUGAAUGUUAGCAGUAUGUACAAUAAUGAAUUGAUCUGACAGUAAUGUAUAUAUAUAUGUAUAUAUCUAGUCUAUUGAAUUUUAAUGUGAAUAAUUGAAGCAAUAUUUCAAAUACCAUAUAAUGUAAAUUUAAAGUGCCUUUGAUAUCUAUUUUGAAGGGAGUCGUUAAUUUUCCUUUUAAUUUGUGCUGAAUGAAACUUCCCAUCGUCAGGUGCACUGACAUAUAAUUAGCUUGAAAAUACCUGUAACAAAUAUACCUGUAUUCCUCUUUUAUACCAAGUCGAAUAUACUAGUACCUGAUUACUUGGUAAGCAUACUGGCAUAUGUGUGAUGAUGUCAUCACUUCGUAGAUAUUGUGUUGUCUUGAGAUCAGAAUGAAUUAUGAAUGUAGUGUUCAAAGUCUUGUAAAAAGAAAAAAAAUUCACAAAGUGUGCUGAAUAUAUAAAAUAUAAAUAUGUGAGAUUCUUAUACUGGUGCUAAACUUAAAUGUAUGUUAUAUUGUAUUAAUUAAGUAAUAUAUUUCAUUUACCACACCAUAUCUUUGCUGCCGACCAUCAACAUAUUUGCUUUAUUAUGUUUCUAUUUCUGUGGUAUAUAUACCUGUUUAUGAAACAAGCAAUGUUAAUUUAUUUGUUUUAAACAUGUAUUCUUUUAGCGUUUUACUGUAUUGAUAGCAAGUUUUGAUAAAAGUAAAAAUUCAUGAGUAUACAAUGUAGAAGGUCAUAGGUUAAAAUGAAGAAAAAGAGACUUGCAUGACAUGAGAUAUGAAUACAUCAAUUGAAAUAAACUUUUUAAAUAUCUACAUUUAUUUUUAUGUGAUUUUCAACAGAAUAUGUUUGACAUAUAUUGAUUCUUACAUGUAUAAUUUUAUUUAAGUUUUGAAUUUCUGUACACUGCAGUUCAAAUAGAAUUUUUUUCUUACUAUACAUGCAUGCAUGUUAACAUAAUAUAAAAUUUGUAGAGAGUGGAAAUAUUUCAGUUUAUUGAUGAAAACAUUUUUACGUAUGUGUAUUACUAGAAGAUAAUUUUCGCUCUAGCUAGUGUGAAUUGGAAUAUUGUAUUCUAUAAUAAAAAAGGUCAACAAUAUUUA